CUUGGAACAUGUCGACGAAAGGCUAUGGUUCCACGGUUAGCAGCCCUAUUACCAGCUACACCGCUACCAACGAUACCAUCACGUCGGGGUUUAGCGUGUUGUCUCCGUUUACGGAGUUGAUGAGCCGCCGAUCGUGCAGUCCUCCCAUCAACCGCUACUGCAGCGAUAACGAUUCUUCAGAUGUCUCCUCGGAGAACUCCCGGUGCAUUGUGGAGCGUAGACAGGGUCUCCCGAGCUCCCUGCGUCUGUAUGUGACCAGUUUAAGUCCUCGCAGUCUCCGUCGCUCCUACAUCCACAGGCGACUUCCGUGCAACAAGAACGUGUGGCUCGUCUUGCUCAUGUUCUUUCUGCAGGGUUUCGCGGAGUAUUCGACUCUCCUGUUUCUUUUCUUCGCUCUCGACGCGCACCAACCCCUCAACCCACCGCAGGUUGUCGCUUCCUUCCUCCUAAUACAGUGCCUUGUACUUGCAGCCUCUCCGGUCGUGGGAUUCCUAGCUGAUGCCUACUUUGGUCGCUACAACACCAUCAAGGCCAGCCUCUACGUGUGCCUGCUUGGAGCCGUAGCUUUGGCCGUUGGCUUCAGCACAGCAAAGCUGGACCCCUGGCUGAGGUCAGGCAUGGCGAGGGGGACCAUUACCGCCAGAUCGACUUCGAGGGAGAAAAGCAGGUGGCCGAAGGAAACAGAAGUAUUCAUAGGAGUUUUUACGCUGUGAUGUACGUCGGGCUGACGGGAGUAACGGUGAACCUCAUACCGUUCGGCGUGGACCAGUUGCCGGAGGCGUCCAGCGGCGAGCUGAGCUCGUAUUUCCACUGCUACUUCUGGUGUUUGACCGCUGGAGAACUACUGAGUGCCGCAGCCCUCCCGUACAUCUACCAGCACUAUUCUCUGGGAUCGUCUUCUUGUUGCUUGCUGUGUGUUUCACAGGCGAGAUCCUGAUCCUUAUUCUUCGGCGUCAUGAAGGAUUUGUCAUCCAGCCACUUAUAAAAAAUCAAUUCAAGCUCAUCUACCGCGUCCUCAAGUGUUCGUUUAGUGCUAAAAAGCCAGUGUUCAGAAGUGCGUUUGAUAUCGGACGCCCUCCCCCCUUCACGAAUUGACAGAGCUAUGGACAUAAAUGGCGGAAAGUUUACCGUGGAACAAGUGCAAGACGUUAAAACUGUGCUGCGAAUAUUGGUCAUCCUUCUCUCCUUUUUUGGUUACUACGCAGUUUCUGCACAGCUAGCGAGCACCUAUUUUCUGGAGGGUGUGCAGAUGUCGGUACCGCGAGGGACAUACACAAACUGUACCGAAACCAUUUACAAAAGCACCGACUACUUUGUCAAUGCCACGUACUCCAUCGAAUGCCACAAGUGGAGCAUUCCUCCUUCAUUCUGGAUGGCAUCUGCGAGUUUCAUACCCAUUCUGGUGCUCAUCCCACUCGUAGACCGUCUGUUCUAUGUUAGCUGCAGACCAAAGAUGCUGAAAAGGAUAGCUGCAGGGAAUAUCUUUCUUCUACUGAGCAUACUGGUCGCUGUACCAGUGGAAAUAGCACGGAUGGAGAAACUAUGGGAUCAGUUUACCCACGGAGGGAAUAGUACGGUCGUGAUAAACGCCAUACCGUUCCACACUGCAAGUGCGACGACAUUUCACUUAGCUUCGCCGCUUUCCAUUGUUUCCAUAAUGCCGCAGUACAUUCUGUUUGGAUUCACAAAGGUCUUUGCUAAAAUCACAGUUGUGGAGUUCAUCUAUGCACAGAGCCCGGGAGCCAUGAAAGGCCUUCUGCUAGGAAUGCUGUUUUUUACCAGUGGCAUGGCAAUGGGAUUCUCCUCUCUCCUCAUCUUUCUUCAGGGCAUGGCAAGAAAAAACAGUUUGAGUUUACUUCCUACUUCGGAAACUCAUAUGACGUGCAAGAGAGCCUCAAUUGUUUGUCAAGCAAGGGGCGUGAAUGUGUGGAUGGGCCGUUGUUUUCGUACAUUGUUUUAGCCGUUGCUGUACUGGUAUCUUUUAUUGUCUUUAUACUGAGCAGCCUACAAGUACACUCCACGCAGACGAGGCAUAGAGCCACACUAUAACCCAUAUCUUUAACAUUUCAAUUUUUAAAAUAAUUAUUACACUGUUCAAAUGAAAUGACCGUCCUUUAUUUUCAGUGCGUCGUCGACUAUUAUUAGCACAAAGCUCACAGCAGUCCACACACUAACAAA